UGACUGUUGUGUGUACAGACAGGCCCCGGUGUUCGCGCCGAGCCUAGCUUCCGGUUCUGCGGGCCUGCAGGUUGCAGAUCUCCGGAUAACUGAGGCCGCCAGGAUGGACGUGUUCAUGAAGGGCCUGUCCAUGGCCAAGGAGGGCGUUGUGGCUGCAGCUGAGAAAACCAAGCAGGGGGUCACCGAGGCGGCAGAGAAGACCAAGGAAGGCGUCCUCUAUGUUGGAAGCAAGACCAAAGAAGGAGUGGUACAAGGUGUGGCCUCAGUGGCUGAGAAAACCAAGGAGCAGGCAUCGCAUCUGGGAGGAGCUGUGUUCUCUGGGGCUGGGAACAUUGCCGCAGCCACAGGCCUGGUGAAGAAGGAGGAGUUCCCCACAGACCUGAAGCCAGAGGAGGUGGGCCAAGAAGCUGCUGAGGAGCCCCUGAUUGAGCCUCUGAUGGAACCAGAAGGAGAAAGUUAUGAGGACUCACCCCAGGAGGAAUAUCAGGAAUACGAGCCAGAGGCGUAAGGGUCCAGGAGGGCCCCCGCACCAGCAGCACAAUUCCUUCUCUGUCCCUGUCCCUACCCCAUCCCUCACCCUCCUCCCACCCCCAGAGCCAGGGCUGUCCUUCUACCUUCCCCCCCCCCAAAAAAAACACGAGAUCUUCCUUUGGCUCCGAGGCACUUCCUCAGGGCCUGUGUUAGUGUCUGCCCUGCCCUUCCGUCUGUCCUACCUGCCCGCGUUCAUCCCUGAGGCGUGGACUAGGGUCGGGCAGAGAGGUCCGGCUAGGAGCCCCGCCCUACCAGUGUUGCCCCUCACCCUCCAUCUGGUCCAGUGUCUGCUCGGAUGUAGCAUGUUCUAUGUAUUUUUAAACCAAGAUGGGAAAACUAUGGCUCCUUCCCCAUCCUAACAGAGGUUCUCCAAGGGGCCCCCCCGGGCAGCCCCAUUUCGACCCCUAAAAAAAUUUUUUUUAACCCAAACCAGGAGCCAGGUCGUGCCAUGCCCCCUCCCUCAGCCCGCUCGGCCGAGCGCAGGCGUCGUAUGUUGUGAUUGUGGCAUGGAGAGUCCCACCCACCCACCGUGUGAGCGUGUCCCGGGUGGGCGGCCAAGCCGCUCCCCAGUGUGUCCAUGAAUAAAGCCAAUCUGUCUGUAACUGGCGCCGCCUAGGCAGGACUGGACUUCUGGGCCCCAGACUGCCCCUUCGCUCCUUGAACUCUGACACACAAAACCCAGGUACAUCGCUGGCUACCUGGGAUCUCAGCCUAUCCAUUUAUUUCCACGCUGGCCCACGACCCAGACAGUGAUUGCCCCCACUGUCACCCACUCUGAGAUUGAAGUUGACUGGGAGGUGGGAAGUUAGCAUCAGGCGCCACCUCCUGGCAGGAAAGGGAGUGCAGGACCAAAAGAAGCAACGACCGCACUGGUAUCGUGAAUACUCAUGCACGCGCGUGAACCGGCGCCAGUCUCUACGCGCGAGCUCGAAUGUCAGCACCAAGGCCAGAGCGCACUUGCAGACCCGCGCUCUUUCGCUCGGUUGCAGACGCACUACAAAAGGACAUCGUCGGGGCUGGUGAGAUGGCUCAGUGG